CGGGAGCCCCGGCGGCCCGGGCUUCUGUGAAACAUGGCGGUCGACUGGGACCGUAACACAAGAGCAGGCCAGAUCGAAGAGCCUCUCCACUUCUCCCGGGGGCGUUACUGGCAGGACCCUGGGCAGCGCUGUGACUAGGAGCUCCGCUCUUUCUGUUCCUGGUGUCUUCGAGCUUUCUUGCAGUUAGAAGUAGUUGCGGUGCUUCCUUGAUAGCUCCAACCCUGACUCCUUGCUUCUCACAGUGCCAGCAUGACUAUAUGAAGGAAGAGGAGGGUUUUCCUGAAGAUGAGGCGACUGAAUCGGAGAAAAACCUUAAAUUUGGUGAAAGAGUUGGAUGCCUUUCCAAAGGUUCCUGACAGCUAUGUAGAGACUUCAGCCAGUGGGGGAACAGUUUCUCUAAUAGCAUUUACCACUAUGGCUUUAUUAACAAUAAUGGAAUUCUCAGUGUAUCAAGAUACGUGGAUGAAGUAUGAAUAUGAAGUUGACAAGGAUUUUUCUAGCAAAUUGAGAAUCAACAUAGAUAUUACUGUUGCCAUGAAGUGUCAAUAUGUUGGAGCAGAUGUAUUGGAUUUAGCAGAAACAAUGGUUGCAUCUGCAGAUGGUCUAGUUUAUGAACCAGUAAUAUUUGAUCUUUCACCACAGCAGAAAGAGUGGCAGAGGAUGCUGCAGCUGAUUCAGAGUAGGCUGCAAGAAGAGCAUUCACUUCAAGAUGUGAUAUUUAAAAGUGCUUUUAAAAGUGCAUCAACAGCACUUCCACCAAGGGAAGAUGAUUCAUCACAGUCUCCAGAUGCAUGCAGAAUUCGUGGUCAUCUAUAUGUUAAUAAAGUAGCAGGGAAUUUUCACAUAACUGUGGGCAAGGCAAUUCCACAUCCUCGAGGUCAUGCACAUUUAGCAGCACUUGUCAACCAUGACUCUUACAACUUUUCUCACAGAAUAGAUCAUUUGUCUUUUGGAGAACUUAUUCCAGGAAUUAUUAAUCCUUUAGAUGGAACUGAAAAAAUUACUAUAGAUCACAACCAGAUGUUCCAAUAUUUUAUUACAGUUGUGCCAACAAAACUACAUACAUAUAAAAUUUCAGCAGAUACCCAUCAGUUCUCUGUGACAGAAAGGGAACGUAUCAUUAACCAUGCUGCAGGCAGCCAUGGAGUCUCUGGGAUAUUUAUGAAAUAUGAUCUCAGUUCUCUUAUGGUGACAGUUACUGAGGAGCAUAUGCCAUUCUGGCAGUUUUUUGUAAGACUUUGUGGUAUUGUUGGAGGAAUCUUUUCAACAACAGGCAUGUUACAUGGAAUUGGAAAAUUUAUAGUUGAAAUAAUUUGCUGUCGUUUCAGACUUGGAGCCUAUAAAUCUGUCCAUUCUGUUCCCUUUGAGGAUGGCCACACAGACAACCACUUACCUCUUUUAGAAAAUAAUACACAUUAGCAACUCCUGAGGGAAGGAGAUAAACUUUUUGCCUGAGACAUAAAACCUUUUUUAAUAAUAAAAUAUUGUGCAAUACAUUCAAAGAAAAGAAAAUAUGAGUGAGAACCUGGAAACACACUUAUUUUAAAAAAGAAAAAAAAAAAAGGGAAAAAAAACAACCCAAACUGAAAUCCUGUGUAUGUUGUGUCUGUUACAAAUGUCCUAGAAGAAAUUAUGCAGCUAAUCAGUGAAUAAGUCCAUCUGGAGUAUUGGUUUGAAGAUGACUCCUUCUGAUACUUUCACAACAAAUGGACAGUGUUGAACUCAAACCUUACUUCUUGGUAACAAAGCCUGAAGGAAGGAAAUGAAACUACAUCUAAAGGAAAAGGCAUUGAUAACUGCAAAUGUUUGCGUCCUUUUGUUUUUAAGAGAUAUGAUGUGAGAAUAAAAAUAUGUAAAACAUAUGGAAAACUAGUCUAAACUUUAAAAAAUUGUGAUCAGUUCACAAUGUUAAUAAAGAAAACAGGGACUAGUCCCUAUGUUAUAGCCAUAUUAAUGUUAAGCCAUAUUGACAAGACCAUUUUAUCCAGUAUUUUGGUCUUAUGAAAGUAACUGCUUUUCUUUAAUUCUUGACAUUUAUAACCAUUCAAGGUAGAAUCUUAGAAGACUAAGGUGAAAUCUCCCAAGGGCAGAUAUGUAAGUGGUAUGAUAUAUAACAGAGAUAUCAUUCACAAAUUGUAUAGUGGAGACUCUAGGGAAAAGAAAGCACAUUCUUUUUUUAAGAUGCUGUUUCUUAAUCUGAUCAUUAUUUAUUGGUAUAUUUUGAGUGAUGGGAGUGAGAAAGACAAAGAUCCACUUCUGAUGACAAAAAUUAUUAGUUUGUUAAUAAUAAGAGGAAACCCGGAAUAUUUUAUACAUGUGAUAAAUGGGGAGCAGGGUAAAUUUAAAUAAAUUAGAAGUAUGAAGCAAAUUUUAAGUAUGACAAGAUAAUGUCAGGUCUCAGAGGUGCCAUAUUGAACAAUGUCCGUUAAACUAAAAGCUGGAUUAUGAAGGAAAUAUUUCAUUCAGUAUGUCCUGAAUGUGAUUGAUUUGUGUUAGGUUAAGGGUUUGUUUUUUUUUUUUUUUCAUAACCUUUUAAGGGUUGGUUUUAAAUUUCUAGAAUAUAAAAGAUUAAAAUAAUGAAAGGGAGCCACGUAGGUGCCAUUAAAACCUAUAUUUGGAAUAUGCAUGUCAACAUCAGUUUUCCUUUUAUAAUACUUAAUAAUAGUAGAAGAGUCAUCAGUCAUUUCCCAAAGUUUAAAUCAUUUAAGGAAAUGGGGAAACAAGAUUCCAGGUAGGUAAUGAGAUUAGCAGAAGAUUUUAGUCCUUAACAAAUAGACUUAAACGACUAGAUUAAAAAUGGUGGUUUAAGAGAGUGGUGGGUCACAAGUUAUAGUUUUUCAAGUGAAAAAGUUUUAAAGAUAAAAGCUGUUUUUCUUUUUUUAGAAUCAGAAUAUUUUUUAUUUUGGUUAGAAGUGGAAUCAGUUAAUAGGAAGAUAGACUUCCUUAAAAAGAAGGUAAACCAUAGAGAAAUCCAGGUCAAAACUAUUUUGCAGUAAGGCUUAUGUAGAAUGAUAUUUUGGAUAUUUUGCCUAAAAUAACAGAAGCAUCUUUGUUUAAAAUAUACAGGAUCACAGAGACCUAAUGUUAACUGAUAAAUAGCAAGUGACAUGUUUUAAAAGAUUUUUUAAUUGAAAGUCCAAAUAAUGAACAAGCCUUCUUUGUGUUUUUUCUUCUAAUAUUAUUUGUAACAAAGGUGGGCUAGAAACUAAUGCAACAUUUCUCAAAAGGAGAUUAAUUGGAGAGAAUUAGAAUUUUUGCUACUGACUUUAGACUGGUUGUUGGUCUUCCUAACCUGCUUGUCAGAAAAUUCAAUCAACUUUUCAGGUUUUUUUUUUUUAAUGGGAGGAAAGUGCUGAUUUAGGGUUACUUUCAGGAUUAUAGCUGUUAAAUAUCUUUUUAAAAGAUUUUUAAAAAUUAUUUUGUAUUUAUAUGAUUUUUAACUAUUUCCAUGUUUUCUAAAUACCACAUUAAAAUUUUAAUGAAAUUAAUCUGUCCCAUUAAAACUGACUAUAAAGGAAUUUCAUUAGUUCAAAAUUCUGCUUUGCCAUACAUCUUCAGAGUUAAAAUAGAGGCAUAUUUUUGGCAUUGAAAGAAUUAAAAUUCUGUCCAGCUCUUUGAAUGAUGAAGUUUAACUAUGUAUUAAGAUUCCUUAGGUGUUUUUGUCCUCUCCAAGUGUUUCACUUUCAUCCUGGAAAGCAUUUUCUGACCUACCAGUCAUGCAACUUUCUCUAUGUCUGUGGGUCCCUCUAGCCCUGAUACUCAACUUUAUUACUUAGUCCAAUUCUCCUUUUCAUUAUGUAUUCAUAAUCUAUUAUAUAUAUGUUCCAGCAUACAUAUUUUAAAAAUCAGGGACCUAAAAUUAUUUGAAAUGUAAUUUUUAAACUGUGUUUUCAUAUAUAAGCUAUGAGGAAGAUUAAAUAUUUAGGUGAAUAAUUCACCUCUGCAGUAUCUGUACACUUCAGAACUACCUCUUCAGAAUAGCUUAGCUCAAUAUUAAUCAGAAUUAUUAUCUAAUAAUUCUGUAAUUCAUAAAAUUACUUCUGAUUCUCAGAUGAUUAAUAUACAUUAUUCUCCUGCACAUUUUUGAUAGAAAGCAUUGUAUUUUUAUAAUAAUUUACUGCCACAAAAUUUAUAAUCUAUAGUUUUAACUUUGGAAUUCAUAAAGAAAUGAUUAAUAUUUUAAUAUUGGAAGUAAAGAUAUACCAUGCUUUUUAAUCUUACAUAAUUUAAGUACUGGAUAGUAAAUUUAUAUGUAACCCUUCUGCAUCAAAAUUCAGUUUAUGCUUGAGAUCAAGGUGUAUUUUUUACCAUUCGAAAAUUACUUAAAUCUGGGAUCUUUACAAUCUCAGCAUGCCAUUUAAACUAGUACUUUCCCUUCUCUCUUGAAUUCUAGCAAACCAAAUGGAGUCAACCUUUUUCACCACCAUCAAAAUAAAAAUGGUGGUAAACAAUAUGUUUACUGCCUUAUCCUAUAAUGCCUAUAUUAAUACUCAAGUAUUCCCUUAUUGUGAUGAUAUGCUCAAAAUAUCUACCCCCCCCCCUUUUUGAAAUAUUUCUUAAUGAUGAAAUCACCUUACAUUAUUGAAAAAAACUGCCUUGGAUUUUUAAAAAAUUUUAUCCCAGGAACAGAACAGGAAACAUUUAGUGUCUCAACUGCAAACAUUUGACCCUAAAUAAAAUUACAAAUAAUAAAACAUUUUCUUUGUUUUUUCAAUCUUAGAAAAUAAAUAAACAUCAAUUCCUUAUAUUUAAACCUUUUUUUCUCAUAGAUAAACUACAUGAAUAUUUAAAUAUCACUUGGUUAUAUUUGCUUUUACUCUAGAUGGAGCUAAACUGCUAUGUUAAAAGUGGAAGAGUGACCAAAGUUGAGCCAAUUCAUAUAGGUCUAUAAAAAAUUGAGUACAGAUAAGAUUACAAUUGAUAAAAUAUAAAACAUUUAAGUAAUUUUGUUUUGCAGCUCCAAAUAUUAUUGGAUGUUUAGCCAAAAGAAUUAAGUUAACUCUUCCAAAUAGUAUAACUAAUGCAAUUUAUGUAGUAAUUUUAAAACUCAGAAGGCAUAAGGAAAACUUACACAUUAAUGAAAAUUUUUUAUGUCAGCAACAGUUUACAUAAAUAUGUAAUGAAUGUAUUGCAUAUUCUUUGUAUUCUUUUUUCAGGUAGUUGUCACUUUAGUAACUACCUUUUUAGUUUUUAAUUUUAUU